AAUCGCCGUCCUGUCCUCUGAAUCUCCCAUCCCGUCCAUCAGGUACAGAGACCGACAUUGGCAAUGGCGUCAUCAGCAGCGUUCAUGGUAGCGGCGGUGCUCGGGCUGGUGCUCGCGUCGGCGCCGGCGGCGCGGGCGUGGAGCACCGAGGGCCACAUGCUCACAUGCCAGAUCGCACAGGAUCUGCUGGAGCCAGCGGCGGCGCAGGCGGUGAAGAACCUUCUGCCGGAGGAGGCGGGCGGCGACCUGUCGGCGAUGUGCGUGUGGCCGGACCAGGUGAGGCACUGGUACAAGUACCGCUGGACCAGCCCGCUGCACUUCAUCGACACCCCCGACAAGGCCUGCACCUUCGACUACGCCAGGGACUGCCAUGACCCCAGCGGCGCCAAGGACAUGUGCGUCGCCGGCGCCGUCGCCAACUUCACGUCCCAGCUCAUGCACUACAAGCAGGGCAGCGCCGACCGCAAGUGUAAGCGUCUAUGCGAGGGUGCUGAUAUCUUGUACCCAGCGUUUCUGCAUCACUGUUCUGAGGUCUUGAAUGCAACUGUUGCAAAUGCAGAUAACCUGACCGAGGCCCUGCUAUUCCUGUCACACUUCAUGGGAGAUAUUCACCAGCCCAUGCACGUGGGGUUCACGAGCGACAUGGGGGGCAACUCGGUGAACCUACGCUGGUUCAAGCACAAAUCCAACCUCCACCAUGUAUGGGACAGGGAGAUAAUACUCACUGUUCUUGCCGAGCGCUACGGCAAGGACAUGGCCGCGUUCCGCAAGGACCUCCAGCACAACAUCACCAAGGGCUCGUGGUCCGACGAGUCUUCAUGGAAAGAUUGCGCGGACCUCAUGUCCUGCCCAACCAAGUAUGCCACGGAGAGCAUAGGCCUGGCGUGCAAGUGGGGCUACGACGGCGUCCACGACGGAGACACACUGUCCGAGGACUACUUCGGGUCGAGGCUCCCGAUCGUGACGCGGCGGAUCGCGCAGGGGGGAGUGAGGCUGGCCAUGUUCCUCAACCGGGUCUUCGGAGACCACAAGCCCCACAGCCGCGACGUGGCUGCGCCGGUGAACUUGGUCGUGGCUCAUGACGAUGAGCUCUAGCUCAGCGUCAAGUGACAGUCGCUGUAUUGCAUUGCAUCCAUGUUGACCUGAAGACUUGGGCACGAAUCACGAUGAUGCAUACUAGGAGACUACUGCUAACUUGCAUGGAAAUGAUACAGAUGAUCGGUCAGUGAAUAAUUGUUUGCGACGCCAACAGCUAGCGUGUACUCCACAUGUCAUGUCCAAAGAUGUAGACAUUUAUUUGGAUGUAACCCAAAUUCUGUUGUCCUUUUGUUUUCAUGCUUGCUGUUAUUUUAGUUGCCUGAAUGAAUCAACGUCAA